AUGUGGGGCAAGUCAUGGAAAAGGUUUGGAAAUUGGCAGAAUAUGUCAACAUACCUUAUUGCAAUUGUUGUUGGGGAGUUUGAUAUGAUCUCGAAUUCGACAAAAGAAGGAAUUGUCGUGAGCGUAUACACGGCACCAGAACAGAGCGCUCGAGGACGCUUUGCUAUCGAAAAUUUAUGGGUGUGA